AUGCGAGGUUCUGAAGCAGCUCGUUCGGUGGCAAACUUCCUCUUGUUCGACGACAAUCCACUGAUGCAAAGGAACAAACACAUUUAUAACAAACAGUAUAAGAAAGAAGAGCUUUUCCUGCCAGAUCAGGUUGUUCGUCCUCCUCAACGUUGUCCAGAAUAUUGCCCAAAGAGAAUGCUCGAUAUUCACAAACAACGCACUUUGGAAGAGCGAUAUUUGAAGUUUAUUGAGGAGAAAUUCAAGUAUGUUGAUAAUGAGUUCCCUCCCGAAAUGCAAGAUGACAGGAAGAAAUUUGACACCUACGUCUCCGCUGAAGACAAAUUUGACUACGCAGCAGUGCAAAAGUUACUUUCACCAGCUGAAUGCAAGGCGCUUCGCUCGAUAUUCCCCGACAUCCAAGGUGAACAAAUCCUGGAGGAACUCGAAGGACGCGUCAAGUUGCUUUGGCCUACUGCUAAAUUUGAAGAACGCUCCUGCAGCAGAAAAUCACGCUCUGCAGCUUGUCCUCGACCUGUUGUGCUUUCAAUUGAGAAUGACGACUGCUCUGAGUGGUUGGGAGCUAUGCACACUGGCUGCGCAGUUGUGUUCUGCACAUAA